AUCAAAUUUCGCCAAACGAUCGCAAUAAAUUUGCAAUGGAAGUAGAAUUCAAACCAGACUUGGAACUGUACAUUCAACCAGACGAUUGGAAAGCCAUUUUUAAUACAUUCCUUCAACCAGGCACACCGCUCUUCUCAACAAAGGAGUUGGAAUUAAGCGAAAAGUUGAAUCUGGAGCUUUAUCCAACAAUUUCUGACUUGUCCAAACUGGCGAAAAUCGCUUACUCUACUUUCGCCGAUGCAAAGGAGCAAUUGACAAAAUUAAGCCUGACCGACUACAAGCUUAUCUGUAAAGCAGAAAAGGGACCGUUCCAUGCAUUCGUCCUGUUUCGUGAGGGAAGCCUUUCCGAGAAGAGGCAUCGACAGCUUAUUAUUGCUUUUAAAGGCUCCGCUUCCCCUGAGGACAUUGAAGCCGAUCUGCAAGGGAUUGCCAAUAACCAGAAAACGCCACAAUUAAACCUUGCUUGCUCCUUCGCACUCCAAGUCCUGGAAUUUGUGAAAAUGGACACCUUAUCGGAUCCACUUCAACUCAUCAUCACUGGACACUCUCUAGGUGGUUGGUUAGCCCAGAUUGCAACGUUUGCCGUAAAAUAUUUGAAUUUUGAUGAAGACAAAACCAAAUUCGUGCGAGCCAAAAUGGAAAAGUGGCACCCCCAUUGUGUCGUAUUCGACAGUCCUGGUGCUUUUCAAAUACUAGAUUACCUUAACUCACAUGAAGAAAUUAGACAACAUCAUGAAUCGCAUACCCUGGACAUUUGCAAUAUUGUCUUUUAUCCCAACAUUGUUAAUGUAAUCAAUUCUCCCUUCGGUGAUAUGGUGCAGAUUAGCACGGAACAAAUUGGACAAAAAUUUAAAAAUUGUAGACCUGAGGAUACAAUUAGAUCCAUUUAUAAUUACACUAAAGACUUCCACAGUAUUGAUCUGUUUGUAAAGGUUUUACAUCCGACCACCCCACCCAGUCCAUCAGCAAAUGAUGUGGGUUUAAAGCUGGAUCAUAAUUUAAAUGGUGAGGUAUCAUAUGGUAGAAUAGUAAACUGGCCACUGGUUGUAUAUUCAGGAUGGGACACUAAAGUAGAUAAGAGGGUAAGCGAAUUCAAAAUUAAGCGGAUGGGAAAAUUAGUCUUGAAAGCAUUCACCCUUUUACGAGACAGGGGUGCUAGGAGCGAGUUUACGAACUGGAUCCAAGAACAAACAAAGUUUUGUGAAAUUAAAUUUCCCCAAAAUGAUGAGAUUAGUUUAUCAACAACCAGAUUAAGCAAGUCGGUAAAAAAAAUUAUUCAACAGUUUGAACAAAUUCGGCUAUGGAAUGAAUAUAUCGGAAAAGGCAUGAAACAUACGGACAAAUUGAAGUUAUUAGAUAAAAUUUGCUUUCACGAGCUGAAAUAUAUUUUAGAGAAAGGUUUCAAGUUUACCGAGGAAGAUGGAAGCAUACAUUUUGCAAAUAUUGAACAACUUAAAAUUCUGAGAAAUUGUAACACGUUCAAUAUACAAGGGAAAUUAUCUGAAGGGAUAAACAAGUUACCAGAUCAUAAUUUUACAAAUCUAUUGUUUUCCAGUGAGAAAUACUGUGAUGCAAUGCUAGCCAAAUAUCCCAACGUGGAAUUCAGUCUCACGGACAUCCCUAACCUAGAAAAUAUAGGUAAGGAUGAUCGGGUACAAAUUUUUACGUCACAAAGAAAACAAUUGUUGACGUUGACCAUGCUUAAAUAUGUUUAUCUGAAACAUGCAGGAUUAAGUGAAUCCCUAACGAAAGCAAUAGUUUUGAAAUAUGAUACCAGUAAUGCAUUGUAUAGUUCACAAAUCCCCGUAAAACUGCAUGGGAUUGAUUUAAUAAUUAUUGACUGCAUCGAAAGUAACGUAUCGAAUGAUAUAUUAGAGAAAUUUUCAUCCUCACAUGAAUACAGAUAUAUCUGGUUAAUAUAUUGCACCGAGGACGAACCGACAACUCCACAAAACUCUUGUGAACUGAUCACAAAACGAAAAAUUCUUGACACUCACGACUUGAAUAUCGACGACAAGUUACUCAACAGCUUGCUCGAAAAAUAUAUAGUUUUCCAGGGAGAAGGCAAAUUGCUGAAAGAUAUUAUGCGUAAUAUAACUGAAGAGUUUAGAGAUCACUUGCGCUCACGGCCAUCCACCAUUUUGUCUAUUCUCAAUGGUAGUCAGGAAAUUGGAAACACUCCAAAAACUUUACUCGAUCUGAGGAACGCAUGUUUCGAAGUUUCUCAUAAAAUGAGCAGCCUGGAAUUGGAAACGUACUACCAAAGGAAAACAAAUCAUAACACAAUUGUUACAAUUCUAAGUAACCGCCAAGAUUUUGUAAGCGACAAACGGCUAUCCGAUAUUAGUGGACGAUUAUCAAUGGAAAAUAUAAAAGUCAAGACAAUAACCGAUCUUGAGGAAUUUCGAAACAUCUGCUUUCACAAUCCCGCGUGCGUUGUCGACCUAAUACGUUACGAUGAACAAACUUUCGAGCUUAGCUUACAGUAUAAUCCAAGUUUUUACGCCGAGCGGGAAAUUCAAAAACCAGGGAUAGAUUUGGAAGCGGUAUCACGUCAAUUAAAAUCUGAAAGGGGAAUUGAUUGUUACAUAGGCUCAGUAUUUCCAGAAAUAAUAAACAUUGUGGAAGUUGAUCCCAUAAAUGACAGGGCGCAAUUGUCUAGCAUACAAAUUCCAGAAGACAUAAUGGAAUUUACAGAAAAUGAAAAUAAGUCAAUAAUUUUCGUAAAAUCCUAUGAAGGAUAUGAAUGUAUCAAAAGCGAUCGUAGCAAAAUAAAAAUUGCGAACACCAUAAUUAAGGAAAACGACCUAAGCAGCCAGGAUGUUCGAUUUAUUAUUCUUUCCGAUGUGCCCGGGAUGGGAAAGUCUACAACGGCGAUACGCAUGGCCAACGGACUUUUGAAAAGUCGUACUGAUGAAGCUCAUCUUUUAAUUAUAAUCGAGCUCAAAACUUUGAAAAACCUCGAACAGAUUUUGCUAACCCAAGGAAAUGAUGAGUUCUUAUCAAGUUUUGUUAAUUUUGUUGCUACAAAUCAACGGUUUAACGAGAUAACAAAAUUUUUAUUGUAUCACUUUAUUAAAAGAGAUCGCCCUAAUGCUGUUACAAUCAUUGCGGAUGGUUUUGACGAAAUGACGAUUGAAAACAAAAAACUAUUCGCAAAUAUUCUAAUGUACAUCAGAAAGCAAACACAAAUCAGGGUGGUCAUUACCACCCGUCCUCACGAUUGUAACCAGCUACAAUACGCUCUAUCCGUAUUGGCACAUACAUUUGUGCCUAUGGACAACUCUGAACCUCGUGAGAAAGAAAACUUUCUUGUAAAUUUGUGGUCUGUGGCAGUUAGGUGUACUACAAAAUCAGAAAUUCAACUAAAAUCAGAAAUUGAAAUACUAGAUGAGUUUGCAACCAAAGUAAUCCAAAUGGCACAACCGGCUUUAUUUAGUGAGAGGGAGCAAUUUCUCGGGGUACCCCUUCAGUUAAGAAUUUUGUCCGAAAUAUUUCUUCCCGAUGCCAUGGAGAUGAUUAUUACUAGUAAAGUUAAGCAAGGCAUAAUAGAGAAGUUCAAGGGAAAAGAAUCUUUGGCUUUCAUAUAUAAACAUUAUAUAGACCGGAAAUAUUUCUCUCGAAGAAAAAUGGGACUAGAAAUUCGUCUGUAGCGGAUAGACUACUAAUGGAGUAUUUGGAGGAGUACAUUUAUAAAAUGGCAGGUGACGCUCUAAAUAUGCAACCCGACUAUGAUGACUUAGUUACGUUAGUUUGCGGGAAAAAAGUACAAUAUACAAAUGAACCCGCAAUGGUUGAAAUCCUACAAGUUGGAAUUGUAUAUAGUGAUGAGGGAAUCAUAAAUCCGCAAUUCUUACAUAGGACGUUUGCAGAGUUUUACGUUGCAAAGUUCUUCGUGGAAAGAGUUAUUGAGCCAAUUUGUCAAGCGGACCAUGACAAAAUAUAUUUUGAUGAAAAUGCAAAAAAAUUCGUUGCAAAAUUCCUCUUAGAAAAUUGUGGGAUAGGUUCUGAAAAUACGGUUUUCUUGUUUCUAAAUGAUUUUAUGAAAAAAAUGUACUCCAAUGGCCUAAAGUAUACUAGCUUUCCAAAACUUGAACUUCAUGGCGAACUAGUAAGAAAAUUCGAUUUAAUAUGUCGUCGCAGCGAGAUUCAAGAUAACUAUGUUUUAGACUUUAUCAUAAACACGACACAAAUUCAGGAUUUCGACGAUACUAAAAUUUGGAAAUACGCUAAUUUGUCUUUAUCAGAGAUGUAUGCACGUGAUUUGAAAGAAUUUACUUUCAUAUUUUCAUUGCUGCGGAAAAUUUUAAUUCUUAAUCAAGACAAGACACUGAGAUAUAUUAAAUUUUUAACUAUUUUCGACUUUGUGAGAUCAGAACACAGGCUAAUUUCUAUUAAUGACAUGAUUAGGAUGUGCAAACCUAGAGGAAUCAAAAAUGUAUUUAUUAUGAAUGAUCCAAUGGCAUAUAUAUUACUGACGGAGGAAAAUAAGGACAAGUUUUUGACAGAUUUCCAGACAUAUGUCCUUCAAGAUUCGACAUUAAAAAAUCCUUUGCAACUACCAUAUAGAGAUAAAUUUCAUGGAAAAAUUGACAAGGGCAAUCUAGCACCUGACGAACACAUGUAUAAACUAAUUGAAGAGAACUACGAAGUUCAAUUUUCCAACAAAGAUUGGGAACGCAUUUACAAAUAUCAGGAAUGGAGAACCUUAACAAUUUUCUCGAAUGAUUGGUUUACGAUUUUAAGACUUUUUGGCCAGCCCUUAAAUAUAGGCUUGCUAAGACAACGGAGUUUACGGCCAACUUGGCAACCGCUCCAGCAGCAGCCGCCUCCGGUGACUCGACGUUGUGACUCUCGACCAAACAAACAUACAAUUCAUCAACCUAGAAAAUGAUAACGAAAACUUGCACAUAAAAUAUUUAGUCAAUUUGUCAUUUGAUACUGGCUGUCGAAGUAUGUAAAUUAGAAAUUCUGCGAUCUUAAUGAAAAUGGGUUUGAUAAUAUUUUUAUUAAAUACUUGUACCAUUUAUAAUAAGUGAUUCUUCUGUAUGUAGCCUUACUAUUAGUAAUUUUAUUUAUGUACGUAUAUGCAUAUGUAAACUUUAUGUGAGUAACUACACACGAACUCUGAACACGAUUUGGUUAAUUAACGCAAUGAUUUGUUUAAUGUUCCGGCAUAGAUAAUCCAUGUAAAACUUUGGCAGUUGUUAAAGUACAUAUGACAUUGCUGUUCAAAACUUUCGGAUAUUGAAUAAAUAUAUAUUUUGGGUGUUAUUA